CGAACUUGAUCCAAUUGAAUGGAGGAACAUCAAUGGGAGGAGCUGGCGGAGGCGUUUUGAUUUCCGGCACUUCCGGCCUAGGAGCGCCUCCAAACAACACUCUCAUGAAUACAGUGGUCGGAAGUGUAGGAGGUGGAGUAGUUGUGGUGCCAGGAACGGUCUCUACAACACCUGGCACGACGAUUACGAUAAACAAUAAUGCAAAUGUUGCAUCGGGAACUGGAACGACAGCAACUGGAGCAACAGCUUCGGGAGCAGCUGAUAGCAACACAACAGCGGCUUCAGGAGACGCUUCGGAGAGGAAGAGUGCCUCAACAUCGGGCUCUGCAGCAGAACAAGGGGCCACUUCUAAUAGAACAAAAGUGGCGAUGAAGGUUAAAGACCAAAAGUUGCAGGACUUAAUACAGCAAUUUGACACCAAGACUAGUCACAGAGGAGGCGUUUCGAUGGGGAAGCAGGGAAGAGGGCCGUUAGAUCCAGCAGCUUUGAGACAGAGAGGAAAGCCGGCAUUUGGCGCACCGUUUGUCGGAGGUGGUCCGAUAAAGUUAAGGUUUCCGGAAAUCUCCGAUUCUUUUGAGAAGCAUCUUGCGCCUCCGUCGUGUAAGGGAUGUAAGGCCGGGUCCAAGAUGACUUUCUUCCAAAUGAAUGGAUUCCCGAAACAAGGUCUAAUAAAAGCACCUCCGUUCGCAGGAUCGAAGAACUUGAAUCUUCUUUUAGAUGGCAGAGGAGAACACAAGGACGGUACAACUGGUAAAAAGGGUACAACUUCAACUUCUGGCACAGCUGAUAUUAAAGACUCAUCGUCCACCAAGACAGUAGCAGAAGGAGAUAGUGCUACCGCUGGAGGUGAUAAAGACUCAGGAGUUCCUGCUUCCUCGUGUGGAACUACGGACGGAGCCAGUAACGAGGCUAGUCGUGUAGGAGCGGACGGCGCUUCACCAGGUUACGGCCCUGGCGCUGCAGUGGAGGUCUCAGCACCCGUAUCAGCGCUUUUACCAACUUCUAGCGGCGUCACCAGUUGUAGUGCAGCGUCACCAACCGGAGGACCUAGUUCAGCAAAGGACCAACAAGAACCAGAUUCAACAACUUCUAGCUCUACUACAGGUAACACGCCUGGUGCGACGACGACGACGUCGAACUCGAAAACGACUGGUUCUGGAGUUGCACCGCAAACGAUCACCUUGCCAAUCGGAGCGACCUCCUCUGGUUCGAAAAGGAUGCAAGACCAUCACGGAAGAGGUGGUCAGAGGCAUCAUCAAGGCGGGGAGAACCGUGCUGCCAGGAGAGGCAGUCAGGAGGGUGGCCCCAAGAAGAUCGAGGCGGAUUACUGCGCCGACUACAACAAGCGACAAGAAUUGAAGGAGUUAUUUCUGAAUCAAGCGACCGAGAUGAAAAACAAAACGAGCAAAGCAAUCUUCCCAACUAAAGCUGCAGGUCACGGAACGCAUCGGCGACCUAUACCAGCGUCGGGAAGACAACCCCAGUUGUUCCACGAUCCAAGACGACCACCUAAAGUUAUGGCUCAAAAAAAUAAGAAAUUCAUUUCUACAACAAUUCAUGCUGUUUCCUUGUCCUCUCUUGUAAGUGUAGCAUACAAGAAGUGGGGAAUCUGAUUCUGAAGAAAUGAACGGCAGAAAUGAAUCGUUUUGAGCUCCUCCUCUAAUAUAGAAGACCUUCACGACAAGACUUCAUCCUCCUCUGCAACACCUGCUGGUGCGGAAUCUAAAGGAACAGUUCCAGGACCAUCUUCAGGAGAAGAAGGAGGUGAUGGUACUUCUCCUCAGACUAACAAGACAUAAUUUCAACAUAAGUAAAUUUAAUAUUCAAGACGAAGUUGCAUUUCCUCGAGUAGCAGAUAUUUUCGUGAAGAUUUAACCUACUUGUCUUUAGAACAAGUCUUAGAGAAGUAGUUUGUGAAGAUAAAAACCAUUUCAUCUUGCGCAUCAAAGACGAGCCAAAUAACUCAAACACCACCAUAUUUAUAUAUAUUACACACCCGCCAGGUGAGCAAGAUGACAAGUCAAUGAGACGGCCUCAGGCUAAGAGUCUCGGCGCCUCACCUCAGGAUGCUGAAGCUUUUGCAGCUGCUACGGGAGGCGCAGGAGAAGCCACCACUCCAGGUUCCAACAAGGACUCUAACGAAGAGACGAGAAGAAAGCGAAAAGGAUCAACACAGAGUGAGGAAAAUUUCGAAAUGCGAAAGGGAAAUUCGAAUUUGAUCCAGGCUUUAGCGUUGGAUACAAAUAAAAAUCAGCAGAAGCAAUCGCGAAAAAGUCUACCUAGCUUUGCGCUGUCGACCCUGUCACCGGCAAAGAAGCUGCAACAAUCCCCGGACGAUCCUAGCACUGGUAAUACUUAGAUCUUUCUUGUUGUUAUUCUCUACGCGUGGUAGUUGUUGAUCAUGCGGCUUCGUUCUCAUCUUUUGUGGUACGGCACACUACUUAAUUAUUCUCAAAGAUCAUUCCAUCCAACAAGACGCAACUACAACAUCAGGUGCAGCAGCUACCGCUAAAGGACGUACUAAGCUGAAGAAUAAGGCCUUGGCUCCCACUACAUCUGAGACGGGAAGUGGUACCACUGGAGCGGCGACUGGAACCGCUGGAGCGGCUGCAACUGGCACUGCUCCUGCGACCACUGGCACGACAGCUUCUACAACCGGUACCACAACUCUGAAUCAAGCGGCACCAGAAUUUCAUCCCAGUGGAGGCAGUUUUGUCGGAACAGUGACCGGUACAGCUAUUCGCGCCAUUCAGCAAGGUAAUGUGCAACAAGGGCAACAGGGUUUGGUCGCUGCUGGAGGACAAGGUGGGAUGGCUGUGCAAGGUGGAGCACAACAGCAGGGUAGUAUGGGAGUCCCGAACAACAUGGGAGGCGUGCAGCCGAAUAACAUGCCACCGAACCAGCUAGGUAUGCAGCAGAACCAGAUCGGAGGUGUGCAGCAGAACCAGAUGGGAGUUGUGCAGCAGAACCAGAUCGGAGGUGUGCAGCAGAACCAGAUGGGAGGUGUGCAGCAGAACCAGAUGGGAGUUGUGCAGCAGAACCAGUUGGGAGUUGUGCAGCAGAACCAGAUGCAACAGCAGGGUGGGAUGCAGCAACAGCAGCAAUUCUUCGCAGGUCAACAGCAGUGGAACAUGCAACAAAAUCAACAGCAGCAACAAGGACAGCAAAUGCAACAACAACAACAGCAACAAGGACAACUAGGUUCCAACACUGGUGGCGUGAACAUGGGACCCGUACAACAAGGCAUGAACAACAACAUGCAACAACAAUUAUGGCUCAACAGCACAACUUAUUUCAGAUUCAGAAAGAUUCUUUUUUUUUUUUUGGAUCCCGGGGCUACUGAAGGAGCGGCCUCAGCUUUAUCCGGUUCGCAAACCGGCGGCGGGUGGAGUCCGGUUACCUCCUUAUAAUACUGUGCACUAAUUGCCUACGAACCCGCCGAUUCUAAUGGGAAAAUUAUAUUUAUAUAGUAUCAAGUUCUUUGUUAAUAUUCCUAGGUCCACCAGCUCCACCUCAUUUACAUUUUUCUAGGGCAUUUCUUCCUGUGAGCUCCUCCUGAUGAUGAUCCUCUAAGCCUCCAAGGGGCCGCGGGAAUGAAUCAGCCGGGUAAUCUGCAUGCUCAGUUGAUCCAGGCUCAGACGGAGAUGCAGAUUGCGCACAACAAAGUGCAACAAAGUCAAGCUGUGAACCAGAGCUUGAUGCUCGCUUGCAAGAGCCGCCUACAGGAGUUUGGAUUUUCGCAGCAGGAGAUGGAAAGACUCAAUACGGAGAUCGUGACAGAACUCUUCAAUUAAGGGCACCGUCAACCCAUCUUUGACAGCAUCUUUUAGCCAGUUUCUACUCGAAAAGACUCACUGAGAGACGUGGUCAUUCUACGGCAUGUUGGUUCUAAAAGAUCCAGUCGGGUUGUCGGUGCCUCUAAUGGAAUGAGAUCUACACGUCGGACAUUGAAGAAGAAGUGAAAAAAUUCCUGCAGACUCACGAUCAAAUCGCGCAGCAUGCAGCUGGGAUCAUGCGAUCCUUGGUUGAGGUAUAAUUUCAUCAGAUGAUGAUUUUAUAUCAAGGUAGAAGUUGUACUACUGCUCGAGGGAGCCUAAGAGAAGAAGCAAUUUUUAUAUAUAAUAUCAAGUUGUAACCCCAUGAUCAUUUUCAUUUAUUAUAUAAUUUUAAUAUUAUAAUAUAUAUCAAGUUGUCCUAGGCUCUUCAUCUUCGUACCACGUACUUGCUUCGUGAAGAUAAUUUGCUUUUUCCACCUACCCUUCUACAGAAACACGCUCAAGAAGUGGUUGCCCAAGCUCUCGUGAAUAUGGGAGAUACUUGGGUAAAUCACAACGAUCGCCAGGCGGUGAAAAACAUCUGCUUCAACUACUACCGAAAUACAAUCCAAAACAAGGAGUGGGGAAGAAAGCAGUUCACGGAAAUUUGCUUGCCAUUGUACUGACUAGUACCAUUUUUCAUCGUUCCUGGAGGACUCUCUUACCAAUAAGUUAUGAUAUCUGCAGCUGCAUCCAAACUACUAUCAAUAACAAUAUCUCAUCGUGGUUAGUUUUUUCAUUCCUCCCCUUUACCUCUACAGGGUAACUGCUGCCAAUCUGACCCAGACGCUUCAGCAGGCAAUUCAAGCACAGAAUAACGCUGGCGACGUGAAAAAGAUCCCCCUGCGGAUGCUCACUCCGGAUUUUCAGUCACAAUUGCAUGAGACGGUAGUUAUCAGAAUAGUUUAACAAUUAAAUUCUUCUUGCUGGUCCUCCUUAUUCAUGAUCAUUAAAAAAAAAAAAAGAUUCUGAACACAGAUCCAAAGUAUGCCUUCUUCUUGCAUAUUUUUACAAAGCUGGGGAAUGCCGGGGUGCUCGAUGUGCAGGAUCGACAACCUGACCUAACCUCUGUCUACGGUAGUGGUAUUUAGAAGGAAGGAGCGACUACGUACUUAUAAAUAUGGGACUAGUACAAUUCUUGUUUAGUUCAUCGUUCAUUCGUUCAUCAUUAAAAAAAAAUAUAUAUUCUACUGAACACAGAUCCAAAGUAUGCUGACGCACAACCAGUCGCACAUUCCAGUAGCAAAGGAGGCGCUAGACCAGCUGAUGCAGAACCAGGCGAACUGGCAAGAAAUCUUCAGCGAGAGACCCAUUUUGCAGACGCUGUACCGGAGCAACCAUCAUGUCUUCUCAACCUGGCAUCCAGCGAUUAACUUAUGUAGUUCCAUUGUUAUUUCUUUUAUUAUUCUCUUGACUCUUACUCCACCGAAAUACUGAUCUUAGAAAGUCCUAGGUUCAUCUUAUUAUUAUUCUCUUGAUCAACUGAAGAUAUAUGUUUUUGAUUCCACUUCGAGGACUUCCCUCUUUCCUUCCUUGAACAAUUUGUUCGUUCAUCCAUUCCUUUUUGUUACUACACAACAUGAUGAUAACCAGAACCACCUGGUGUGGCGACCACCACGUCUUUUCUCUGCAUAUAUCUUCCUCUAAUCCUCACUUUUGUGAACAAUCGUAUGCACGCGGGCAUUGUCGCAUUGCCACCACAUGUUGUCUCGUGGAUGUUUCCGGAUCAUCCGAUUAAUGAUGAACAUCGGACCUACGCCACGCUACAGCAGAAGAAAAUGACCCAAGGAACCCUCGAAGACCAGGAGAGGCAGUUUAUGCAGUUGUAUGAACACAAGCGGGAUGCGGUAAUUUUUGUUGUUGUUAUUUUUUUGACCUUGAUCGAUCCCGUUGACUACAGCACGAUUUAGUAGAGCUGCUAUUUUCUAUUGAAUCAAUACCAUUGUCAAUGACGAAUGUUAUUGUUAAGAAGAUAAAGAUUAUGACGAAUGCUGGUAGUUAUAUGUAUGCCAUGAAAAAUCACUAUUUCUAUCCGGGUAUUGUAGUUCUUGCGUCUACAAACAUUUCCUCCUCCCACGACCUCCAUCAGGCUCCGGUGUUGGCCCAACAGCAGCAAGCACUGGAUAAUAACAGGCAGAUGCAAGGCCAAAUGAUGGGUCAGCAGAAUUUGCAACUGCAGCAACAGGGGAUGCAAAACUUGGCUGGGCAGAACAAUAUGAACCAACUUGCUCAACAAGGCAUGCUAACCCAGCAAGGCAUGUUAGCGCAACAGCAGCAAGGAGCAGGGACUAAUUUGAUUAAGGCGCAUAGACUUGAUUUUCUUUUGGCAGCUGGUCAAGGCUCUUCUCUUCGGAGAAAUCAGCUCUUUACCUUUUGUUUUUCUUCCUUUUCAGGCUUCGCAGUCCCACGGCCGCCCCUCGGGGUACACUUGUGGAAUUGUAUCGUCCUGCCGGUGGUCGAGGAGUACCACUCAGGAUGACAAUCAAUCAAACUUGAUGCAAUUCUCUCUGCUUCAAAGCUUGUUUCCAAUUCCAGCAGUGAUUUUGUUUCUUCUGUUUCUUCCUUCUUGAGGUUAAUAUGAAGAAAGAAAUGAUGAAGCGAAGAAACAAAUGCAUUGUUUUGCUGAGUUCUAAUCUGAACAGCAAUGUUGCAGGAGUAGCUGUUGCUGCAGGAGUAGCUGUUGCUGCAGGUGUUGUAGCAGGUUCGAACACGACAGGUCAAGUAGCAGGUCAAGCUGGAGUGCAGGCACGUGGGCAACCCUUGCCCUUGCAGCAGAUGUUAGGUCAGGCAGGUGCUAACGGCAAUCUCCUUGGAGGAGCAGCAGCAGGACAGCAACCAGGACACCAGCAACAUCAACCUGGACAACUGCUCCCUCAGCAGUCCUCAUCCCAGGCACACCCAGGAACCACCUCCGUGACCUCGUCUACGACCAGUCUCGGCGCUAGUCAGAACCCGGCAAAUGCAUCCAUCCAUCGCUACUACGAGAGGGCGUGGAUGAUAAAUAUUCGCCAGGACAUGGAGAGGAAGAACAUGUUCGGUUCCCCACCAGCGACACUAGAUGGAAAACGACUCAGAUGGACCACAGCUGCGAGGGAAGGGGUAUUUUUAUACUUAUAUAGAUUUACUUAUAUAUAAUAUGAUGUCUAGGAGGACUUUAAUAUUUGAUAGUUUUAGACUUCUUUGUACAGUCAUAAAAGGAGAAGUUCAUCACGAGCGAUGAUAUAAACAGAGACAAGAGCAUGCAUAAAAGCGGUUCAUUUCAUCUUUUUGUUUCAACUACUACAUCUUUAGAAGGACAAGCACAACUUCAUCACGGCACACAGAGAAGCACAACUCCUCUACCUUCACAGGACACACAGGCAAGCAAUUGCAAUAAACCCCAGCACAGGACUUUUCUUCUUCUACUACCUUCACAGGACAGCAAAGCUGGAGGCUAUGGCAAUAUGAAUAAGAGCAGCAGCCAGAUGAAUAAGACGGGCAGCCAAGGUUGGGCGAAUAAGGUGAACAGAAGUAAACGCAAUCCUUUCAGUGUGGACGAAUCGGAUCCGUUUGACAGGGUACACGACCGCAAGCAAUUGAUCGGAACUCAUGCUCCUGCGAAGUACAAUCAGCAACUGCAUAAGACGGAAAACGCUUAUCAAGUCGGAGGUACAUCUACUAUACUGUGACUGUAGUCAGAUCUACUACUAAUAAAUAUCUACUACCUGCUCUCCUUCUACUCCAGUAGUUGUACCAAUACCAAUCCUCCAAUACAGGUACCAAGACACGCGACGACGAAAUUAAGCGACAAGUUCAGAGCGCAUUGAACAAAAUUGCACCCGACAAUUUAGAGACCAUCGUUGACCAGCUGGCGAAGAUUGAGUAAAAGACUUCACGAUGUUUUUUCGAGUCACAUUGAUAGAUUGAUAGGAAUCAACUACCCACUUUUCAGUUUCACAUGUGAAAACUUCUCUCGUUCUCCCUCACUCUCUUCCUGCUUGAUGUUUGGUGAAUCCGCAUCUACACUAUUUCCAUAGUGACUUUGCCUAAUAACGAAUUCGCAUUCUUUAUGAUCACGCUAUUUGGUCUUUCUAGUAUCGAUCCUUCUACUUUUCCUACACUACCACAGGAUCGAGAAUCAUUCCGAUUUGGAGAUGGUGAUCAAUAUGAUCUACUCAAAAGCCUUAGGGGAGGACCACUAUUGCGAGACAUACGCAGACAUGGUCUACGGAUUGAAGAACCGGUACACUUCUUAUCAACUGGACUAGUUUUCUACUAACUAUGUACGUCUACUUCCACUUCUUACUCACAGCUAUACUAGUGUUUACUAGGUUUACUUCCUAUCGCGUUCGCGGCUAUACUUAUCAGGGGUUUUGUGGCAACUACUAACACUACAUACAUUCAUACACUUCUCCCUCAACUUGUGGAAUAGAUUACCCGAGUUCGAUGAUGGCAAGGCGCAGAAGAACACUUUCCAUCGAAAUUUGUUGAAUGUUUGCCAGCAGAAGUUUGAGGGUCUCCAGACUACAAUGGAUGGUAGAGACUUGGAAGAGGCUGAGAUGGAGCGGGAUAUGAAGGCUGCGGAAAUGAAGAAACGCAAACGACAAGCGAUCACGAACAUGAAGUUCAUCGGCUAUCUCUUUUAAGGCUCUACUUUAUUUUCCUAUUCUGUAUUUUAAAGUUUUUUUCCAUCACUUCAAUUUCUUCAGAUGAUAGUGAUAGUUAUGUACAUACUAGAAGAUCAUCUUGGGAACAAUGGGACUGUUCUUCCAUAGUAAGUGGAAAACCGCUUCAAGAAGAUGAACAAUCUUUUCGAUUUGUUGAAUCUGGAGAUGAAUCAAUUAUACUUAGUGACUUAGUCAAAGAUAGUGUACUACUAGUGUGUGGGCUCCUCGCUCUAACUCUUUCUACGUCAAUUGCUGAGUGUUCGCGUCAUUUUGCAGGUCCUGGAAGAACUGAUCCAGCUGAAUGCAGCAGAUGAAAUGACGCCACCCAAGGAGUACGAGGUCGAAUGUGCGUGCACUCUGAUUUCGGAGAUUGGUCAGACCCUAGAAUACGUCACAAGCGCACAAAGUGGCGACGUCUUGGGACAAUACUUUGCGAAGUACUACUAAUGUGAAUUAUCUUUUUUCGUGGGUUGCUCGUAUACAACUAUAGUCGUCUUGAUUAUUUGAUCCGUAUGGACGUGCGUACGUGCAUAAUCUGACCCUGCUGACCUGACCCUGCAUAAUCCAACCAAAUAAACCGAUGACUCACCUUCAGAUUGCAAUAUCUCCGCGUGAUGAAGAGGGCAGGGGAUGCGGGAGGUCAUCUGUAUACGAAGAGGGUUCAGUUCAUGAUCACGGAUUUGACCGACCUGAGGCAAAACAAGUGGCAAGAGAAGGAAAAGAAAGAGACAGCGAAGAAGAAGGAGCAAAUCUCAGACGAAGCUGGACCAAUCAAAGCCUUCAAAACACGAGUCAGAGGAGCAAGACCGGAUUAUAUCAUUGGUAUUCUUUCUUGUGUUUCUUCUUUAAUUUGACUCUGUCAGCAGUCUUCUUUAUUUACAGUUCCACUCUUUAUUAUAGAAAUUUAGACUUUGAAGAAAGGUCCUGUGCAGUUUUUUACCUCGUCAUGAUUAAAUUGAGUCCUUCUUUGAGUCCUCCUAAAUAUAUCAACAUCUUCGACGACUUCUUAUUAUCUCAGUGCUGACUGUAUUGAUCCUUCCCCACCAGCCUGACUCUGAAACUGAAAUCCUUCCGUCCACCUCCAAAACUUUUUCAGAUGCCAAAGAACGCCAAGAGAAAGUCAAAGCUGAUAGCAAAGAGAUGGACAAGCAGACGGUGGCGAAGCUCAUUAGUUACUUCCAGGAUGACGGCAGCGUAGACAGUCUCAAGAAGGACUGGGGUAAGGCUGCACCAACACCGGAGAUGGUUGGAAAGGGUCUAAGAAUCGCAGUAGGACUCGGAGUCGAGAAAACAGAUCUUAUGAGAAUGGACUGAAGUCCUCUUUUCAUUCUUACUCCUUCGAAAUACUGAUCUUAGAAAGUCCUAGGUCCCUCUUAUUAUUAAAAAUGAAAUGUCAAAAAAUUUUCUUUGUGACCCAUGAAUCUUAAUCUUCUAUCAUCUUCAUUCUCUAAAAUAAAUACAACGUAGGGGAGGUAGUACCAGCACGCAUGAUUUGCAUUAUUAUUGAAUAAUAUUUCCAUACUGAAAAUAUUAGUAAUAACUAAGCAACAGUACAACAAUAAGUAAAAGUACAAAGAACUUUAGUCAACAACCCUCUUCCUGUCCGCUGACUCUUUUUUUUUUUCGGAGUCGAAACCGUUUUGAAUUUUCUAAUUUUGGAGCCGAAACCGUUUCGAAAGCUCUAUUCCACCUUGCAGAAUCUGGCGCCUGCAAAUUCACGCAACUAGGAAACGCGGUUGGCGACGGCUUGAGAUCUCUUGCUGAUGUCCUCUUAGACUUUCCCAGAGCACCUGAGUUUUACAAGGGCGCGAUGAAACUGUUCUGUUCUGAUUACGGCUUCCACUAAAAAUCGUCCAUCUACUAGAUACAGAUAGUUAAUUGGUUACCUAAUCGUCAGGGAAAUCUUAGGCACAUUGCCGAGUAGAUUCACAUCAUCAAUUGGUUACCUAAUAGGAUUACCGCAGUUUUCCAUUUCCAUAAGGGGAAAAGGAAAGCAGCGUUAUAUCAAUAUGUAUAUAUAAGUAGAUCUCAACGUCUUCAGAUGUUGACAAGUCUGUCUCCAGAUGAUGGAUUAGGCUCUAACCUGAAGUCAAGUCCGGUGCUCAUUUUAGCAACAUCUUCGAUGAGAUUAGGUCCCAGGUUCUUUCGGUACACGCAGCGGAAUCUGGAGAAGAGGAAGGAGAAGAAACUCUGCGAUCGCGGAAAGACGCGGUGUUCCAAGUGGUCAGUCAGGUGUUGAAGGACUCCCCGAAUAUGCGAGUCGAAUACAAGAACAAGCUAGAAGCUUUUGUGGAAGAACUGGGCAGCAAAUAGAAGGAAGACGCGGUUGUAUACAAGAACUCGGAGGAGACGCGCCAUGUUGCAACUCUUCCUUGAUGAUGUUCAGCAAAAUCUCAGCGAGGAAUCGGCGAGAUUUGUAGAACCAAGCACGAUCGGAGUGCGGUUCUUGAUGACGUAGAGAACGAUACAGAUCGUCCGCGUUGCCCGGAGCGCGUCGAUACAAUUCAAGACAAGAAUAUUGGAAGUCCACCUAAUAUAUGAAUUUAUUUGUAACAAGUAUGUUAUUUUUACGAGGAGGGUCCAACCAUAUUUGGAAACACGAAAGUAGAAUUCCUUAGCCAUUGCUAAAGUUGCUUCGUCUACCUGUUAGAAGUGGUAGUUCAAUCUAAGAUUUGAGGGAGUAGAAUUGUUGUACAACGAAACCAAUAGAGAAAUAGGUCUUUGAAAAGAUGACGCUGCUCUACAUUAAGUUUCUCAAGUAGUGAAAGAGCAAGAGCAACUAUCUAAAUGAUAGAUGCCACUAAAAAAGUUGAAUCUCACCUAAAUCCUUCUAGCAGCUGCUCACUGCGUCAACGCGGCUCGUCUGAAUGUUUCAUAUCGAUCUGCUAAAAUAAACUGGUUCAGCAAAAUGAAUACUUUAGGUAGUAUUGAAAAUAUGACUUCCAUGGUGAAUCCUAGAUGCCCACAACUUGUAGUUAUGUAUCUUGUUCUACUUAAAAAAGAUGAUAUUCACUCAACUCUUCUCGUAUAUCGUUUAGAUGAAGAUGAUAAAAUUCAAAAAAUACAACUUGUGGAAUGUGGAUGCAUGUGAAGCUGAGGAGAAGUGAAGAAGGACAAGCAUGAUGCAAUUGUCAUAAGAUAGAAGCUUCCGUAAAAAUUUUCACUAGAAGAAGAAGCCAUACAUUAUAAGAAAAAAGGAUCUUCACCAAAACAAGCGAAACCCGCGCUCCCGCUCGUAUCAAAGUAGGUUGCCGAAGAACUCUUUGUUCAUGUUCAGCUUCAAAAUAUCUAAUGUUUUUAUAUAAACGUAUUGAUUUGUUCAAGAAGAUCAUGAUCACCAUUCACAAAGAUUUCAUGUCGCAACUGCAAAACAAGAUGAAGGUUGCCUACCUACAAAAC